AUGGUGAUCCCCAACUAUACCUACCUCAAGAUGAAGAUGUCGGGCCCGAAGGGUGUCAUUAGCAUUGGCUCUUCGUUCGAGCAUGCCUACGAGUGCGACGUCGAGUGCAUCGAGCAUGCCGAGGCUCUGGCGAUCGACGAAGCCCUCGCCGCGCAGCUGCAGGAGAUGGCCGAGGAGGCCAUGGACUCCAAGAAGUGGCACGCGGGCAACUUCAAGCCUACUGAGGGUACUAAGGAAGUCCCCCUCGACCCAAAGACCCCCAACGGCAAGGCGCUGAAGAUCAGCGCUACCCUCGACAGCAAAUAG